ACCCGUCUCACAAUCUCUUUGUCCCGACAAACCUCAACACAAGAACGAAGCCUAAAAUAUCUCACAGUCACCUGCCUUUCUCAUGAAGUUUCCUUCGCAACUCGGAGCCACGGUCGCUUUCGUCGUCGUUGCCGCAACGACAACUAAAACGGUGUCGGGCAAUCUAGCCUCGCCGUUCCCUUUCGAAGAAACCAACGCUGAUGGAACCCCCACAGGUGAGAUGUACAUCCACGGAGGACCUGGCGAAAGCUGGUUCGAAGACAAGCAGGGAUUCACUAUUUGUCCAGUGGAUGAGCAGCCAACUAGACGUAGUCGACGUUUUCUUGGUGUCUUGGACUGGUUCACUGGUGGGACAAGCGAGGAAGAUUUAGCCUCUUCUGAUCCAGAAAGGACCUUCUACUACUGCGACCAGGACGAGAACGGCAACGCGGUACCCAGAACGGAUCUGAAAGUGGGUGAGAGCGAUCCCCAAGCCUCUGGCCUCCCCGCACAUAUUGAAAUAACGAGCGAUCAGCUCGAAGCGCAAUGUGGGCCUUACUGUCAGUUGGACGAAAACGGUCGCCGCUUGGGUGAAGAAGAGAUCGAUGGCAGCCAUCGCAAGCUCCAGGGAACUUUGAAGAACCUCGUGGUCCUUAUGCGGUUCAGCGAUCACGCUACUCGGGAUCUUCCGUCGGUGGGUGAAGUGGACGACCUGAUGAGUGCCGAUAGUCCCACCACGUCCUGUCCUACUGGUAGUGUAAAGCAGGUGUUCUUGGAGAACAGCAAUGGUCGAUUGAUUCUCGAUUCCACCGUCUACCAAUGGGUGACCCUCGACCCCUUAUACACGGAGAUAUACUGUGCCAAUGGACGGUCCGGUCUUGACGCACGCGUCCACGAAUGCAUUGCGAACGCACUGGACCAGGUUGAAGCUGGUGGAUUGGACUUCCGUGACUUCGAUCAGGACAGCGACGGCAGAAUCGAUGCCAUUACCUUUCUGCACUCGGGCUAUGGGGCAGAAUGGAAUGGAGCUCCUAAUCGCAUCUGGUCGCACAAGUGGGUGCUAUACUCCAUCAACGACGGUGGCGGGAGUGGCUGGACGUCUAACACGGGUGUGAGCGUGUACACCUACCACAUCAGCCCGUCUCUGUGGGGCACUAGUGGCAAUGCAAUUGGUCGCAUCGGAGUCAUUGCUCAUGAAACCGGCCAUUUUCUGGGACUACCUGAUCUCUACGACACCGAUGGAGGCGGACAAGGGCUAAACUCCUGGAGUCUGAUGGCCAACAGUUGGGGAUUUGACGGGUCGCAGCUGUACCCGCCUCUCAUGGAUCCUUGGUGUAAAAUCCAGCUAGGUUGGGUCACUCCCACAGUCUUGACGGAAACCUCUCGAAGUAUCGAGAUUAAACCUUCUUAUACCGAGGACGACUACUAUGUCAUCCAAAAGGGUUUCCCACAGGGAGAGUAUCUCGUGAUUGAGAAUCGUCGCAGGGUGGGAUACGACAGCCAGAUUCCCAGGGAGGGACUUAUGAUCUACCACAUUGACGACAGUGCUAGUUUCAAUCGAGAGGGCUUCCCAGGCCAAUUUAAUUGGCCUCAAAACGGAAACCACUACAGAGUAGCGCUCUUGCAAGCUGACGGGGCCUACAAUUUGGAACGAGGACGCGGUGGAGAUAGUGGUGAUGUGUUCCACGGCGGGAGCGGCGGCGUUUCGUCCCUUGGCCCUGGUCCGAAUGUCUAUCCAAACACUGAUAGUUACAAAUUUGGUAACAUUGUUCAAACUCGAGUCACCAUUGAGAAUAUAAGUCCGGCCGGCGAGAUGAUGACUUUUGAUUUCCUGGACGGCGACGAUGUGGUAGAGGGCGCUCCGACCCAAGCACCCACAACAGAAGGCCCGCACGAAAUUAGUGUUAGAGUGACGCACGAUAGAUAUCCCGAAGAAACGUCCUGGAACCUAGUAAACGUGGCUGGAGGAGGCGUACUUGCUCGUCAGAAUGCAGGCGAAGUCACAACCGACAAUACGGUUGUUGUAGAGACAAUUCGAGUUUACCCCGGCACCUUUCGGUUCGACAUAUCGGAUGUGUACAACGAUGGCAUUUGCUGCACCUAUGGAAUAGGGUCUUUCGAGAUCAAGGUUGAUGGUAUGGUUGUUUAUGCUUCUGACGGGUCGUUUGGUCAGUCUGAUAGUACCACGUUCGAAGUCGGUGGCGUCAUCAUCGAUACGUCCGCACCAACGGGACAAUCCAGUCCUGCGCCCACGCCGAUUCCGACUGUACAACCCACAGGGCCGCCCACUGUUUUUCCUACAGUUUCGCCUAGCACGAGUCCCACCUUCCCUGCUCCAACAGCUCCACCGACUGUGACGCCAACGGAUAAGCCUACCACUCUUGCUCCGACAAACGCUCCAACCAGUCAGCCUUCAAGUGUUUUCACGGAUGCUCCAGUACCGACAUCGACCGCUACGCCAGUCUCGACUUCAAGCGCUGCACCUACAACUGUUUCAACAAUGUCACCAUCCGCAGAAGAAACAAGCACUGAAGAAUUACACCUAGUUGAGAUUGAAGUCAUCCACGACAAUUAUCCUCGGGAAACAUCCUGGACGUUUACAGAAUCGAAUGGUUCCAAUGAAAUUCUUGCAUCCCAAGCAAGGAAUUCUGUGGUCACAAACGGGCACGUUGCAAACGUAGCUCUGCUGGUUUCGUCAGGAGAAUAUCUUUUUGAGAUCAAGGAUUCUGCCUGGGACGGUAUCUGUUGUGCAUGGGGAAAUGGUAGCUACACAGUGAAGGUGGAUGGUACCGUUGUCUCUACAGGAGGUGAAUUUGGAUCCUCAAAGAUUGAAAGUGUCAGUGUCGGCUCCUUGGAACCACCAACCACCGAUUUGACUACCGUAAAGAUUCAAGUGAAGCACGACAACUACGCAAGCGAAACUGGUUGGGAACUGCUAAAUGCAGCAACCAAUGCUGUGUUGGCUAGGCAACUGAAAGGUACCGUUUUUAAUCGCGGGCAAAUCAUUACGAAGACGGUAUUGGUCCCUGCUGGAGACUACACUUUUCAUAUUACGGAUUCCUUCAGCGAUGGCAUUUGCUGCUCCUAUGGCGAAGGCCUUUACGAAGUGACUGUUGGCAACACCGUUGUCGCAAGUGGUGGCGAUUUUGGAGCCGAAAGCUUUGACAGCUUCACGGUAGAUGGUCCUUAGGUUGGUAGAGAAGCAUGCUGUCUGUCUUCUUUUUUGCGCAAACAAUCAAAUGCUGCGAUACUAAGUGUAACCUCUACGUAACGAUUUGUUGCAUUUGUAUUAUCGGUUUGAAUAAGUGUACAGAUGCAUCUUGCUUGCUGUAUGGCAUCGUUCAAAAAGAUCGC